AUGGGGAAACAUUCACCAGCAAGCUCUCGGAUUGCACACGUGGAGGAGGCCGAUGACGACGGCGAGAUUGUCCCAGGCAGUAAACCAAAGUACGCCCGCUCUACUGCUCCCAGCAGCCCAACCAAGAAGCACUCACCCAAUACGGGGAAAACACGAAGAGAGUCACGGCUCGACUCGUCAUCCGUGGUGACUCGUGGUUCGACCGAAUCGUCCGACUCUACUGAGCAUCCGUCCUCCCGGAGGACCUCCAAGAUGAAAUCCAAAGGAGAAAAGGAGAAGAGGAGGUCGUCUACUGUGGUGGUCGACAAGCGACCCUCCGUGCGCUCAUCCAAAACAACGCCAGCGCCUUCAUCCAGAGCAUCUGACGAGUCGUCGACGUACUACGGAGUACCGCAUCAGACUGUGGCCGCAUCCUCAUCGAGACCCCGCUCCCACACUCGGCCUGAAUCCUACUAUGGCCAGUCCUCGAGGCAGCAUCGGCCACCGCUUUCUUCAUCAGCUUACUACCAACAACCGACGCCAUCGCCGUCCCAUUUUAUUCCCCCCUCUUUCCCUCCACAGCCGUGGGCUGUUGCUCCGGAACCUCCAAUGCCACCACCCGCCGGAUCCGACCAUUUCAAUAGGCCCCUAGCUCUGCGGUUCCAGCGACCCCAGUCGGCAAUGGGGUUUCAACACUCCUCGAGUCCACACGACUACGAUCCACCACAAGAAAGGUCUCUGGCACAACGGUCUUCAGCACGGAAGACUAGCAAGGACCAUGACGACCGCACAGACCGCAUGCGGAUGCCUCCACCACCACGGCCGCAGUCUGCUCGCCCCAAUACUGUGGGCAUUCGACCACCGCCGCCACGGAAAUCUGUCGUGUUUGACGACGAUGACUUGGACGGCGAUGACAGUAUGUACCGAGCGGUAGCCCGCCGUGUUUCUGUUGAAUAUGGCGUCGGUGAUCUCCCUCCGAGGACGCGGCGUCGAAGCGGCGUCGACUCCAUUUAUGCCAAUGAUGGCUACGAGCUUGAGCCGGCAUCGCGUAGCCGACGAGGCUCACACACACACUACGAUGACCAGUUGCGGAAUGCAACGCAGUACCAAGAUGACGUUAACGGAGGGCCGAGUGCGCUUCUGACGGCCGAGGCUCUCCGACGGGUCAAGAACGGAGGCAGCAGUCGCUCUACUCGUAGUAGCGCAAGCCGUGAUGAGAGUGAUUACAAGCACUCGGCGACCACGCGCACGACGAGGUCCGGCAGCGGAGAUGAUGACAUAACCAUCAAAGUGCCAAUGGGCGCCAUUGUGGAAGUUGGCAACGCCAAGAUCCAUUGCAAAGAUGGCGGUGAUAUUAGUCUUGGUCGUAGUGGCACUUCUCGAGGAGGGAGUGACCGCGCGACUUCUUAUGGUGACGAACGAAGCCGCCGAUCAGAUCGUUCAACCACGACCCGGACGCGGACCAGCUCCCAAGCACCAUCGUACCAUCGAGGCCUGCUCCCUCUUCCUCCUCCGCCUAGAUACGCCCCUCCUAUGACGUACGACCCUCACGCUCUGGCAUACGACUCUCACCCUCUGCCCUUUUCCCAGCCUCACAACCAUCCAUUUCCAGAUUACUACGACACCAGCGGUCAACAUUACUUCUGA